AUGGCCAGACUUCAGCUCACAGAAAUCAUCCCGACAAUUCUCCUCUUGAUCAGUUCAUUCGGACUCGUCGGCAUCUCAGCACAACUAGCGCUGAGAAAGAACAUUUCAGAGCAUAUUCAGCAUGCUGCUAUAGCCGUGUUGAUUUGUGCGCUCCUUACACCUAUCUUGAUGAUCGCAAAACUCCUUAAACCGACCGUGAGGAAAUCGAUCAUUAUACUUGCGGUGUUGACAUUCUUGUGGACUGGAUCGACUGUGAUCACAGUUGCCUCAGCCAAGUAUGCAGAGAAGAAAACAAAAUUGUUGUGGGUUGUGGUGAUCAUGUUCGUGUCGUCUCAGUUACUAUCAUGCUCGGCAUUGUGGUUCAACGUCAGCAUCUUGUUGAGGCAGGGAAGGGCCAAGAAAGAUGAACAUCACCUCCAGGAGAAUGGCAGUUCCAUCCAACUCAACGGUAAUCUGAAGGAAGGAGCGAGUUUGGCAUCCAUUUACAGUGCGAAAUAA